UUUCCGUGAAAUUAAGCGCAACAAUUAAGAUAUGGAUGCAGUGACUUCUAAUUAUUAUUAUUAUGCUUUAGUUUUUCUUUUAACAUGCAUUAUAAUCCAUGUUUUAACUUCACUCAUCAAUGGAAGAUCAAACCAUAAACUUCCACCAGGUCCUUACCCUCGUCCCAUAGUUGGAAACCUCUUUCAAUUGGGUGAAAAUCCUCACCGUUCGUUGAGCAACCUUGCAAAGAUUCAUGGCCCAAUAAUGACCUUAAAGCUUGGCCAAGUAACAACCAUAAUAAUCUCUUCACCGGAAAUGGCCAAAGAGGUUCUCCAAACCCAUGAUCAUUCACUUUCUGAUCGUCCCAUUCCCCAAUCCUUAACCGUCCUGGAUCAUGCUUAUUAUGGCAUAGGGUUCUUACCCAAUUCAUCACCUCUCUGGAGAUACUUGAGAAGAAUAUGCAACAAUCAACUCUUCACAAACAAGGCUCUAGAUGCAAGCAAAUUCUUAAGGCAAAAGAAACUUAAAGAACUUGUCAAUGAUGUCUAUCAUAGUAGCCAAACCGGUGAAGCAAUAGAUAUUGGUAAAGCGGCUUUCAAAACCGGGAUUAACUUUUUAUCAAACACUAUUUUCUCCAUAGAUUUCGCUCAAUCUAUAAAUGAUGCCGGAGAUUACAAAGAUAUAGUGGUGAGUAUCUUGAAAGCUACCGGGUCACCAAAUUUGGCUGAUUUUUUUCCGUUGUUGAGGUUUCUUGACCCACAAGGCAUCAAAAGGAGCUAUGGAAUUUGCAUUAGAAAGUUGUUUGUUCUCUUUGACAAGUUGAUUGAGGAAAGGUUGAAGAUGCGAGAAGGGGUGAAUUAUGCAACCAACAAUGACAUGUUGGAUGCUUUGCUUGACAUCUCCCAAGAAGAGGAUAGCAAAGUCAUGGACAAACAACAGAUUAAACACUUACUCCAUGAUUUAUUUGUUGCCGGAACCGAUACAACUUCAUAUUCAUUAGAAUGGGCAAUGGCUGAGUUAAUUCAUAAUCCAGAUAUUAUGUCAAAGGCCAAAAAAGAAGUUGAAGAAGCUGUUGGAAUUGGAAACCCAGUAACAGAAUCAGACAUUGCAACACUCCCUUACUUGCAAGCAAUAAUAAAAGAAACCCUACGCUUGCACCCACCAGCACCACUCUUGCUUCCUAGAAAAGCUAAGGUUUCUGUGGAACUCAUCAAUGGCUACACCAUUCCAAAGGGUGCAAACAUCAUGAUCAAUGUGUUUGCCAUUGGUAGGCAUCAAGAAACUUGGGAAAAUCCAACUCUGUUUUCACCAGACAGGUUUAUGGGAACAAAUGUUGAUGUUAAGGGAAAGGAUUUUCAGCUGACACCAUUUGGAAGUGGUAGAAGAAUUUGUCCCGGGUUGCCAUUGGCUAUGAGGAUGUUGCAUUUGAUGUUGGGAACUUUGAUUAAUACUUUUGAUUGGAAGCUUGAAAAUGGUAUGAAACCUAAAGAAAUGAACAUGGAGGAUGUUAUUGGAGGAAAUGCUCUUAGAAAGAAAGAUCCAUUGAGAGUUAUUCCAGUCAAAAUUAUUAAUUAAAUAAAACAAAUUAGCCUGCCAGAAUACCUGUCUUGUUUAUUGUAAGAUAGUUAAUUACUCUGUAAUGUUUGUAAUCUUAAUAAGUGUUCAUGUGGCUGAGGCAUGUAGAGAGAAAACUACUAAGUACUAUUGUAUGUGAAAUA